CUGAGAUCCAAGCUGGCUCCGGGCGUAAGAUUUACAUACCUCCGCCCUGCCACUUUGGACCUCAAAAUUUUUUAGAUUGCUGAACAAUGCCCUACCUAGUAGACACGCAAGUCGCCAAAUUCAUCCGGCUCAUCGAGAGCAAGUACCUGUGCACUGACACGGAGCUGCGGCCAGUCGAUAUUGCGCGCAAAGUCCAGUAUCUGACCCUUGACGUGAUUUCGACCAUUGCGUUCGGGGCGUACGUUCGGGUUCCUGGACAAGCAUGGCGACCUCUUUGA